AACAUUCCCAGUUUUACAAUUCAAAAGAAACCCUGUUUCAAUUUCGCUCUCAAGCACCAAAGUAUCAAACUUUGGUGCUUGAGGCCUUCAGAUCGCUUUCCAUUUACGCACCACUUGCAAAACUCAAACAACAAAAAGGGCAAAAACCUUUCACAUUGAGAGGAGACUUUGAAGAAUCGUGCAGUCUUGUAGAAAGAUAUAAUAUGGCAGAUCCAAGGGCUGUUGUACCAUACCAUGACCCAUACGAUAGUGGCCCGUAUACCGAGAUCAUGAACUUGUUGAAUGAUUCUGAACAUCCAAGAAUUGAUGAGAAUAAUAUACCAACAUUGGAGGGAUCGCUCGCUUCCCCCAAUCCAACUCCUAUGUUUGAUGAAGAAAUUCAAGACGUUGAUGAGCCUUUAAUGGAUCAGGCAAUGUGGGAUUUCAUCUAUGGUUCUGAUAAUGGAGGAGAGGGUAUUAAUUCACAAGCGGGUCCUUCGCAGAUUUUCACAGAAUCGAGCGGUACUAAUCCCCCAAGAGGAGAUGGCAAUGAACAGAAUCAUGGUUUUGGCAAUGUGAGGCCACUUUCAGUUUGGCCUCUGCCAUCAGACCCCAUUAACUGUACUUUUUGCCAAGUUUUUAGGGAAAUAGUACACUUCAAUAGCGACAACGUUAUGAAACUUGAGAUUCAUGGAAGACUCGGUGUAAUCUGUCACGCAAUUCUUCAGAGUCGGCCCAAUGCCAAUGUGAAUUCUUCUGGCAAUCAUCAGUAUCAAAUACUUGAUUUUUGCAAGACACCAGGGGAGGAGGUGAAGCAAUUUCUGAUGCAGUACUGCUUAGAAAGAAAGCUAGAAGGGUACAUUAUGCAGCAAGAUCCAUUGACAUUCUUUUAUGAGGCACUCUGCGUUGGAGUGGAUUGGGAUGCCAUUCUGAACCCCACCGAUGACUUCGAUUUUCCACCAUCUCCACCGGAUUCAGGAACAGCAGGUGAUUUGGAAAAACCUGCUGCAGUUCAAACAGAGGCUGCCGAGCAUGAGAUUGAGACGAAUCCUAGGAUUUCCCUUGCAGAACAGAGGGAGAGAACAGCAAACAUGACAUUGGAUGAUCUUCGUGAUUACGUCCAUCUUCCCAUUGAAAAAGCUGCUCGGAGAUUGAAUGUCUGCCCAACUGUAGUCAAAAGGAUAUGCCGCCGGAAUGGAUUACGUAGAUGGCCUUCUAGAAAGAUUACAAGCAUUAAUAGGCAAAUUUCAAGGUUAAGACCAAGUUUAGAUUCAGAUGAUCCAGAGACAAGGGUGCAUGCUGAAGCUGAAAUCUCUAGGCUUGAAAGAGAAAUAGCUGAACUUGUCCCAUAAUGUGAAUGAAGUACAUAUCCUGUCUCCCUAGUUUUGCAGUGCAGAGGGGUUACGUAUAAAUUUUUAAAGAAAUUAAUUAUUUUUAUUAAGGAAAUGUAAUUUUCUCGAGACUGAAAGCAACUUGUACAGAAAAUGACUAUACAUUUGCAGA